AUGGAUGGACAUUCCCCUCCUGUGCCAUCUCGGCCCACCGACACUCUAGAGCCACAUAGCCCCGCAAAUGAAGCCGAUCAUGGCGAUAAUCCAGGCCAUGUUGAGGCACAGCAACUCCCCAGUAACGACACUCCCAACGAUAAGACCAAAUUGCAAGACCAGACAAAUCUGCUGCCCGUGAAGCAACUCCUAAUUGUUUUUGUGGGUUUGAGCUGUGCUCUAUUCUGCGCCCUUCUUGAUCAAACCAUUGUGUCCACCGCUCUUCCAACUCUCGGGCGUGUUUUUCACGAUGCAUCGGUUGAGUCAUGGGUUGGAACAGCGUAUCUUCUCACAUCUACGGCAUGCCAACCGCUAUACGGACGUCUAUCCGAUAUCUUUGGCCGAAAAAUUAUUCUUCUUACCAGUAUGGGUUUUUUUCUAGUUGGGUCUAUUUUGUCUGCUGUGUCCCAGAGUAUGAUCAUGCUAAUUGUGUUCCGUGCAAUUUCGGGAAUUGGUGGUGGUGGCAUUCUCACUUCAGUCAUGAUCACUGUAUCUGACGUUGUUUCCUUGGAGAAGCGAGGGACCUAUCAAGGUGUCAUCGGUGUGGUCGUUGCUCUGUCCAACUCCAUUGGUCCCCUUAUAGGUGGUCUUUUCACGGAGAAGGUCUCAUGGCGAUGGUGCUUUUACAUCAACAUUCCGUUGACCGGUAUUUCUAUUCUCGUUGUCUUGCUCGUCCUUCCAUUGAAGAGAGUGAAGGGUGAUAUGAAGGUCAGGUUCAAGCAAAUCGACUAUCUGGGAUGUGUCACUAUGCUUAUCGCGGCGAUUUUGAUAUUGCUACCAAUCUCCUGGGGAGGGACUAAGUAUGCCUGGAGCUCAGCUGGAGUUAUUGCUCCUCUUGUUCUUGGCAUUGUGUUCCUGGGCCUCUUCGUUCUGGUGGAAAUGAAAUUUGCAGAACUACCACUCAUCCCGAUGCAUAUUUUCAAAAACGCAACAGUUGCUGGUGCAUUGGGCGGUGCCUUUUUCACGGGAUUCAUGUUCUAUGCCAAUUUAUACUACCUUCCCCAAUAUUUCCAAGUUGUCUACUCAGCCUCCCCCAUAAAAUCAGGUGUGCUAUUACUCCCACUAGUCGUGACUCAAUGCGUCGUAUCAUUUACCUCCGGCUUCCUCGUCUCCAAAACUGGGAAUUACACGAUCAAUAUCUGGGUAGGUUUUGCCAUUUGGGCUGUUGCAUGUGGCCUGCUAUCCACCAUUUCACCAACAACCUCUAUUGGACGCCUAGUCGGGUACCAAAUUCUCAGUGGAAUCGGCUCUGGUCAGACGCUUCAGACAAAUCUAGUUGCUAUCCAAGCCAAUGUUCAACGUAAAGAGAUGGCUGUUGCGACUGCUACUAGAAACUUUCUGCGUUUGUUGGGUGGAACUGUAGCAUUGUCUGCUUGCAGUGCGAUUAUAAAUAACACUGUCCGGACUGGGCUUUCAUCCACAGUGUCCUCCGCGGCCCUAUCCAAGAUCAUUUCCGAUCCCACACAAAUCAGCUCUAGAUCAUUGGGCAUUACUGCAGCACAAAGGUCGGCAGCUACUCAAGCCUAUACCCAUGGGAUUCAAAACAUCUACUACUUUAUGGUUGCAUGCUGCUGCGCCUCCUUCUUCAUAACUGUUUUCUUCGUUCGGAGCACCAGCCUCAAACGCGACGAUGAUGCCAGACUACAGGAGGAAGGCAAAAAGUGGGCGGCUAAGCACCGGGGUAUACAUGCGUUGGGAAAAAAGCAUAUUGAUACUGUGUCGAAUAGCGAGAAGACGCCCGCUCACACAGCUGCGGAGCCGGAAUCUCAGGUUAAGGGCACACAGUGA